AUGGGCCCCCGAACUAGAUCACAGAAAGCCGCCGCUGAGCUGGAGGCAACCGACCCAUCGCCCGCCGUUAACGGGACCUUGCAGGAGUCGCCAAAGAACGGUGCAGCAGUCACUGCUGAUGGGGAUGUGGAGGAAAACGUGUUUCUUUUUGCUCCGAACUUGAUCGGAUAUGCGCGUGUUGUGUUGACGAUGGCCUCCCUCUACUAUAUGCCUCUGCACCCGCGGACGUGCUCCCUCCUUUACAGCGUGUCGUGCCUAUUGGAUGCUCUGGAUGGAUAUGCGGCGCGCUACUAUAACCAGUCUACCACAUUUGGUGCGGUGCUGGACAUGGUGACGGAUCGGUGCACGACCGCGUGUCUGCUGGUCUUCCUGAGCUCCGCCUGGCCACGGUGGGCCAUUAUCUUCCAGAGCUUGAUCGCUUUGGACAUGGCCAGUCACUACAUGCAUAUGUACGCGACUCUGAGCAUGGGAGGUUCCAGUCAGAGCCACAAGAAGGUGGAGGCUAGCCGCAGCUGGAUCUUGUACCAGUAUUACCACAGCAGGACCGUUCUGUUUAUCUGCUGCGCGCUGAAUGAGCUGUUCUUCAUUGGACUGUACCUGCUCUCUUUCUCUUCCCCCACCCUGUCUCCCUCCCUCCUGCAGCCUGUGAGCACUGCCAGCCCAUGGAGUGCUGGGGCUCUGGAGAUGGCGCGCGCCAACAAGAUCGACAGCUUCUGGCCUUGGGUGAUCACCGGCAUUUCGGCUCCCGUCAUGGCUCUGAAGCAGUUCAUCAACGUUGUGCAGCUGGUCAAGGCGAGCAAGUGGCUGGUGGAGGGCGACAUUGCUAGCCGCAAGGCCAUGCGCAAUGGCAAGAAGAACUAA